AUGCCGAAAGACGGUAAAAAGGUGAAGGCUGUAGCCAAGGUAAGUUCCUGUCAUUUUUUGUUAUUUAAAAAUGUUUUUAUUAUUUAGAAAAGGCAUUUUUUGUUUUGUAAAGAAAGUUUUUGCCAUUUUUCCCACUGUAAACAAAGUUCUGGCCAUUUUUCAGUUCAAUUUUGACUUGUGUGCUUUUUUUAACUGACUGCGUACGCGUACGGCUAGAGUAAAAUAAAACGGAACAAAAGAAGUUAAGUAAAACAAAGCAAAAAUACAAAAGUAAUUUUUCUAUUUUCCAGGAGGACGACCCGACCGUCUUCGAUGAGUCGUUGACGGCGUUGAGCAAACGCCGGCGGGAGGAACGAAGGGCGAGGUAAGAUGAAGCUUUUUUUGUAAAUUUAAAAAAAACGGACUAAACGAAGGCUGAUGUAAAGACUUAUCUUUUUCCAUCGAUUCCACUUUAUUUUGACCAUACCCUACUAUAACCUAUCCUAUCUACCAUACCACAUCCUAAUAUAACGUACCAUAUGAUACCAUACUAUGCCAUACUAUACUUGACUAUAUUAUACCAUUUAUGUUGUUUUACUUACCUAUUCUACCAUACUCAUGGAUAGUACACGGUAUUGCUGUAUAAGAUUGAAUAAGGUAAGGCAUGGUAAAGUUUGUUAUGGUACGCUAAACUGUAUAGGAUAUAUCAUGGUAUGUUAUGGUAUGAUAGGAGAUGGUAGGGUAUAUCAUGUUAUAAUAUGGUAGGGUAUUGUAUAUGUACAGGGCUAGAGCUCCCAGAAGCUAUAUGCAGGGUUGAACCACCCGGGGCGAAUCGGGAAUUACGUCCGUCUGGGAGAGAGAAGACUCUUCAACCAGAGAUCUACGACAAUAUAAGUCGUAGUUAAACCAAAAAUGAAUAAAGAACUGCCAAAGACAGUUUUACCAACAAGUCAAGCAAUAAGUAAUGAGUUAACUUCUAAUAACUUCAAACAAUCAAAGCCAAUUAAGAUAAUAUAAAAGUUUAUAACUCAAACCAAAUCAAAUCAUGCAAAAAAAAACAAAGUAAAUCAAAGCAAACAAUAUAAUUAACUAAAAGGUUCAAACAUAAACUCAGUAUCAAUCGUAUAUCAAACUUUACAAACAACAACGGCUCAGAACAAACACACUCGAGGCUCUCAACUGCCGAGAAAAAAUCCGUGAUUGCCACGAAUUAGGCCGGCCAAUUGGCACGAACGUUUUCGUGGUGGGAUCCACGGACAGUAUAUUAGGUACAAUAUGGUAAAGAUCUGUAGAACUACCUCGGCUGUGUCUUAAAGAAAUUUUCACCCCAAAUCAUGACUUUAGCACCAUUUUUGAAAUGCAUUCCAGCAAUGCGACCUUUCAGGCUUCUGAAUAUAUGAUAAUCGGAAGGAGCAAUGUCGGGGCUGUAGGGCGGACUAGGCACUACAGUCUAGCUCAAUUCACCAAGAGAUUCUGGCGUCACCUUCGGACUGUGAGUUCGAGCGGCAUCUUGUCAAAGUUUCACAGCGGAAAUAUCAACCCCCAGAUUGUAGAGAGCAUGGUUGAUUUGUUUUAAUUGUUCUUUGUAGACAUCUGCCGUAAUUAUUUAUCCAGGUUUCAGAAACCCGUAGUACACUAUUCGCGUGGUAGACCACCAUACGCAACGGAAGGUUUUGUUGUUUACCAUGAAGGUCAGGUUUCGGAGUAGAUACAGCUUUUGAGCCAAUAUCAAUCUAUUGUCUUUUAACCUUCUUUAUAUUGUACAGUAUCCAGCUUUCAUCCGAAGUAAUAAUUGGUUAAAAAAACCUCGAGUUUUGGACAAGCGAAACAAAAUAUCACAAGUAUUGACCCUUGUCGCCAUGUUGGAAUCACUGAGAUCGCGGAGCACCCGCCUGCCACUUUUGUUGAGCUUCACAUCAUGCCAAGAUAAAAGAAAAAUGGAACUAAGGUGGCCGUGGCAUUUCGUUAACUCAAAAGUCUCAAAUAUUGAUUCAAAAAAUAAAAUAAAUAUUUAAAAUGUUGAACGAAACGUGUGAAAUUAUCAAAUAAUAGUUAAAAUAAAUCAAAUUUUGAGCUGUAACAAAUACUAAAAAAUUCGCUAUGUUUCGGCGGUUCUUUGAAGGCCAAACUAGUCUUGAUCCUUCAAAGAAUCGUCCAGAUAUGACACUACAAGUUUACCACAAACGAAUUUCAUUUUCAAAAUUCCGACCGCUUAAUUUCAAACAAUUUUUUACAAAAAAUAGAAUUUCACACUUCAUCGUUUUUUACACGAAAUGUCACUCUGUCUUUAGUUCCUCUUUUGGCAUGACGUGAGCUUUCCUAGUUUGUGAAGAUGAUUGGCGAUGGUUUGCGAGGUACGGGGAAGAAUAUGCGACAACUCCUAAAUUAGUAUUUAACUCAAUCAGUUGAUGGCAUCUGCCACUUCAUGACCUCGUUUGUGUUGUUUGUCCACAAGGUCAAGGUUCACAGUAUGAAACUUUGAAAACCACGUCUGCACAUGUCUAACACUUAUAACGUCUUCUCCAAAAACUUUUGCAAACGUACGAUGGCAUCCAAUAGCACUUUUACCUUGUUUAAAUUCAUAGUCGCCUGCGAUACCGCACCUCCAAACUGAGCUUAGUCAAGUUUUACCCAGAUUUUUCUAAAUAGACAAAGACAAACAGACAAGUCUUAUAUAUCGUUCGAUUUGCAUUGCAACAAGCUACAAAACAAAACAAAUCCCGUCAAAUAAUAUUAUUUUUAAAAAAAGUUAUAACUUGUAAAAGUCCGCGGAAGUUUAUAGUUAGGACUCUAAUAUAAAUAAAAAAGCACCAUAAUAAGUAUCAUAUCUGUAAAAAUAACAUUUUUUAUGCUGAUUUUGAUAACUAAAAAAUAAAAUUUUAAAAAAUCCAGUUUUUAACCGAGAAAAAACGCAAGUUCAUAUUUGUAGACCUAAUACCAAAAAUAGCAAAAACUUUGUUCAAAUAAAAAUUUGAUUUAAAGCUUUCUAUUCAACAAUGUUAAAGAUUAUAACAAAUUUUAGGGCUCUACGAUCAGCCAGUUGCCCUGCCCUUAAUCUUGAGGGAUGCAAUCUGGCAAAUUGCCAGGUUGCGGUCGCCGCCGGAGGAGUCAGUAAGUUUUUUUUGUACAGCGAAAAAACAUAAACUAAAUGUUUUAAAUGAAAAAAUAAUUUUUAAAAAAUAUCAGGUAAUCCAAAUGUGAAUGAUCGUUUUUAAAUUAUAAGUCCUGUUUCAGAAAUAGUUUUGAGUUGUGUUCCAGAAAGAAAAAAAUAA